AUGACUGAAACUCACAUAGUAAUCAACAUUGUGCUAUGCGGAGCACCUCGUGUUGGGAAAAGCAGUCUUAUUAAUGCUAUUUGUCGACAAGAAUUAUCUGAACAGAAUACGAGUUUAGAUAGUUGUACCGAACACCUGAUCAAAUAUGAAAUGGAAUAUAUGAAAAACGAUCGAUUAUACAAGACGACAUUCUGGGAUUUACCUGGUAUCGAAUCGUGGAAUGAAAAUGAUGUUCGUAGUCGGAUGAACAAUUUAAUCGAAACAACAAAACCCUUAUGUAUGAUAUAUUGUGCAUCACCUGGCUCAUUUGCCAAGUUGAACCAUGUGGAAUGUUUGUACGAACAUGUGGACGAAUCGAAAUCGACAAACUGUGCUCAAUGA